UCCGUCUGCAACUCAACCUCAACUAGCUAAAAUGGAUUCACUCCUAAAUUACCUAAACACCACUGCACUUGCAGUACUCCUUUCAAUAAUCUUCUUGCUUUUGUGUCUGUAUCAUCAUUCCAAAGUUGCUCAUAAUAGAGAGGCUCCAACAGUUGCAGGUGCAUGGCCAAUACUUGGUCACCUUCCAUUGUUGAAUAGUUCAAAGACACCCCAUAGAACAUUAGGUGCCUUAGCUGACAAGUAUGGACCCUUAUUCACCAUCAAGCUUGGUGCCAAACCAGCUUUGGUACUCAGCAACUGGGAAAUGGCUAAGGAAUGUUUCACCACAAACGACAUUGCCGUUUCAUCUCGUCCAAAACUUGUUGCUGGUGAAUGCAUGUCUUACAACCAAGCUUUCAUUGGUUGGUCACCAUAUGGACCGUAUUGGCGUGAACUACGUAAGAUUGUUACUUCUGAGUUUCUAUCAAAUCGUAGAAUCAAGCUAUUAAGUCACAUUCGUGUCUCCGAAGUUCAAACUUCGAUUAAAGAGCUCUUAAGUGUUUGGUCUACUAGCAGAAAGAAUGAGUCUAACUACGUGUUGUUGGAGCUGAAACAGUGGUUUUCUGAGUUAACAUUUAACAUGGUUCUCCGAAUGGUGGUUGGUAAGAGGUAUUUUGGUGCUACUGAUGUUGCCAACAAUGAUAAAGCAGAGAGGUUUCUGAAGAAUAUAUGGGAGUUCAUGCGUUUGAUGGGGACUUUCACUGUGGCAGAUGGUGUUCCUUCUUUAAGAUGGUUGGAUAUUGGAGGGUAUGAGAAGGCCAUGAAAGAAACUGCAAAGGAAAUGGACAAAACUUUAAGUGAAUGGUUAGAGGAACACAGACAGAAGAGGGUUUUGGGUGAAGAGAUUAUAGGUGAUCGAGACUUCAUGGAUGUGAUGCUUUCGGUGCUUGAUGACACACAGAAUAUUGAAGGGUUUGAUGCUGAUACCAUAUUCAAAGCCUCAACAUUGGAAUUGAUUGUGGGAGGAACUGACACAACCGCGGUUACCCUUACAUGGGCAAUGUGUUUGCUAUUGAGAAAUCCUCUUACAUUGGAAAAAGCUAAAGAAGAACUUAACACACAUGUUGGGAAAGAGAGAUGUGUUAGUGAAUCAGAUAUAAAUAAACUAGUAUAUCUUCAAGCUAUAGUUAAAGAGACUCUAAGAUUGUAUCCACCAGCCACUAUCUCAUCACCCCGUGAAUUCACAGAGAAUUGCACUAUAGGUGGCUACCAUGUUAGAAAGGGAACUCGACUAAUGCCAAACCUAUGGAAGAUCCACAGAGACCCUAGUGUUUGGUCAGAUCCAUUGGAGUUCAAACCAGAAAGGUUCCUUACCACUCACAAAGAGGUUGAUGUUAAGGGUCAUCAUUUUGAGUUGUUACCAUUUGGAAGUGGCAGAAGGAUUUGUGCUGGAAUGUCCCUUGGCUUGAGUAUUGUUCAUUUCACUUUGGCCAGUUUUUUGCAUUCCUUUGAUAUCUUAAAUCCAUCUACUGAACCUAUUGAUAUGACUGAAUCCUUUGAAUUUACCAACACCAAAGCCACCCUACUUGCGAUUAUGGUUAAACCAUGUUUGUCUCCCAACUGUUAUGAAACUAUAUGAUCCUUAGUUAAACGGUGUUUGUCUCACAAAAUGUUAUGAAACCAGGUGAUACUUGCGGUCUAAGGUUUCAUUGAAGUGUAUUGAAACCAUGUAAUCCUGUUAUGAAUUUAUUUCAAUGAUGUAUUGUUUUUAAAUUUAGCAAAAAUAAAUAAAUAAAUCAUGAAAGAAGAAGUAGGACAUAAGCCUUGUAAUCCUAGGUGUAUAUGGUCAAUUUCAUUCAACUCUAUAUCAUGAAGUUGGGGAAGAUGACAAUUUGAUGAUUGUUUGUUGUAUUACUCCACAAUAUUAGAAAUUU